CAUAUUUAAAAUGUAAGGUAAAAUAUGUGAAUUAUUAUUGGAACAAAUACCUAGUGUUUGUCGACUAACAUAACAAUGUGUGCAUCAUAUGUCAGGAAUGUUAGUUGAAGAUACACCUUAGAAUGCUGCUGAUGUUUAAGAGUUAUUGGGAGAGUAUUUUAGAAACGGAGGAAAAAUGACCACAUAAGAAAUUAAUAAAAUUUGUUAAAAAAUAUUUGAUGCUUUAGGAAAGGAAUAAUUAAUAAGGAAAGAAAAGAAACAUACAUUAGCAGCAGAAAGAUUACCAGAGGAAGUGAUUCUUUCUGAGUUAGAUUUUUAUUUGGAAAAAGAGUCUGUAAGAUUUGGGAUAUGAUGAUUUUAGGAAACAAUAAAGUUUGAGGAUUUAUUUAAAGAAUAAGUGGCAACGAAUACUAAUGAGUAAAUUUAGAAGAAAGAUCGUAAGGAGAAGCUUCGUUAAAAGGAGGAUAUAAAAGCAAAAGAAGCAUAUGAAAAACAUAUAAAGACAAUAAAGGAAUAGAAGACACAUAUUCCUCCAGCAAGAGUUAGACAUAGUAAAGCAGAUUAAGAUGGAAAGAAAUUAGAUAUCGUGAUAGAUAAAUUAUCUAUAAUAGUUGGAGGAAGAGCUUUAUUAGAAGAUACAUCAUUAUAAUUGAUAUAUGGUUAAAAAUAUGGUUUAGUUGGUAGAAAUGGUAUUGGUAAAACAUGGUAAUUUAAAUAUCAUUAAUAAAUAGUUUGAUGAAUGCAUUAGCUAGAUAUGAAUAUGAAAAUGCAGAUAAAUUCAGACAUAUAUAAGUGUUGUUGGUAGAAUAAGAAAUUUCAGAAUCAGAGAAAAAUCCAGUUUAAUUAGUAUUGGAAACAGAUAUGGAGAGAUUAGAAUUAUUGGAAUAAAAAGAAAAGUUAGAAAAUUCAGAAGAUUUAAAUGCAGGAGAAAAAUUAUAAACAAUAUAUGAGAGAUUAGAAUUUAUUGAAGCACAUUUGGCAGAAUAGAAAGCAAUUAAGAUAUUAUAAGGUUUGGGAUUCACAGAUGAUUUGAUGUAUAGAAAGACAAAACAUUUAUCAGGAGGUUGGAGAAUGAGAGUUUCAUUGGCAAGAGCUUUAUUUGUAUAACCUGAUGUAUUAUUAUUGGAUGAACCAACUAAUCAUCUUGAUUUAGAUGCUGUUAUGUGGUUGGAAGAUUAUGUUAUUAAUUGUAAACAUACUGUUAUUGUUGUAUCACAUGCAAGAGAAUUCUUAAAUGUUGUUUGUAAUUAAGUUAUCCAUUUCUAUGACUAAAAACUAACAUCAUAUACAGGAAAUUAUGAUUAGUUUGAAAAAGGAAGAGCAGAAAAAAAUACUAAUUAAAAGAAGUAGUUUGAUGCUUAAUAGAAGAAGUUGUCACAUAUGCAAUCCUUCAUUGAUAAAUUUAGAUAUAAUGCUAAAAGAGCAUCUUUAGUGCAAUCACGUAUCAAAGCUAUUUAGAAAAUGGAUUUGAUUGAUGAAGUUUUAGAAGAUCCAAGUUGUGUAUUUAUAUUCCCAAAUCCUGAAAAAUUAAGACCCCCUAUGUUAAGAAUUGAAGAAGGAUAUUUUGAAUAUCAACUAGGAAAACCGAUUCUUAAAGGACUCAAUUUUGCAGUUGAAAUGGAAUCUCGUGUUGCUAUUGUUGGUGCUAAUGGUGUUGGUAAAUCAACCUUACUAAACUUGUUAACUGAAUAAAGAAGAUUAACAGAAGGAAAUUACUUUAGAAAUCCCAGAUUAAGAAUCAGCAUGUUCACAUAACAUCAUAUUGAAUAAUUAGAUCUUAUGAAGAGUCCUUUAGAAUAAUUAAUGACCACCUUCCCUGGAGCUUCUGGAGAGACAUAUAGAUCUCAUUUAUCAUCUUUUGGUUUAAAUGGAAAUUUACAAUUAAGACCUCAAUAUUUAUUAUCAGGAGGAUAAAAGAGCAGAAUCUCUUUUGCUAUGGCAGUUUGGAAUAAUCCAUAAAUUUUAAUUAUGGAUGAACCUACAAACCAUCUUGAUAUUGAUGCAGUUAAUGCAUUAAUCAUUGCUUUGAAUAAUUUCACAGUAUUAAUAAAAAUAAUAUAAUUAGGGUGGUUUAGUAAUAGUUUCACAUGAUUAAUACUUUGUUUCCACUGUAUGUGAUUAAAUUUGGUAUAUAAAAGAAGAGAGACUUAAGAAAUUCAAUGGAGAUUUCGAUGAUUACAAAAGAGCUCUAUCAGAAGGAAAAUUAGCUUGAAUAUCUUAUUAUCAAUAUAAUACAAUUGUGUACAAUAAAU